ACUAGUCGUUUGCACCUGGACUGAAACACGCCGGCUCCUUCAGCAGAACACCAGUGAAGACUUCUGUCCCCUAAAAUACACCAACGUUCCACCCUGACAAGGUGAGAGCAUUCCUCUUCAAACAUUAGUGUUUUAUGAGGUCACUCAAGAUUUUUUUAAAUGGUGUUACUAAAUGCAAUCUCCUCUGAGUGAGAGAGAAAAGACAGAGAGCUGCAUUCUGAUUGACGUGCUUAAACACUUUAGCGGUGGAGAGAGGUAACCUAGAAGAAGACUCAAAAAGGGUGGAAAGGGGAGCUGGCAUUCACGCUCCUACUUUAGCUACAGUCUGUAAGCACUAACUGCAAGAGGAAAACAAAAAGCUACUUCUGAGAAACAGAUACAUGGACAGAUAACAGUAAACAUAUGAAUGAUGACCGAGCAUCAGAUAAGGGAGGAGCCCGCUGCCUGUGGCACCAGCCAGCCCUGUGCACAGGCAGGGGAGACGGAGGCCUAAGGAGCGAUGAAUGAUCGCUGAGAAUGGUUUCUCCAUAGCCCGAUGUGGGAGCCAACAUCUCCUCCUAACGGUCUCAGAUUACGGAAAUAUAUAUAUUAAAAUAUGUGUGUAUGUAUAUACAAAGUAAGAGAAUUUUCUCCAAAAAAAAAAAAAAUCCGCCUUUUAUAAAAAGCAUGUUGGCUCGCUUGCUAGGGUCUGGUUGGGCCAGUGAUGGUGGUGGGGGGCCGGGGUCUUGGUGCUUGUGGUCCUGGGCCCAACGGGCAGCAUGGAGGGGCCACCCCAGAUCGGGACAUCUCCCUGCACAACUUCAGCACAAGGCUGUGGGAGCAGCUCGUCCACUUCCACGUCAUGUGGCUGACACACUGGCUCUUCCUGUGGGUGGGGGCCAUGCCGCACCUGUGCAACCUCGCCGUGGCCCUGUGCAGCCACUAUGAUUCCAUCCCCGUGUCUACCUCCCUCCUCAGAGACACUUGUGGCAUGACCUCCACUGAUCUUACCCAGCACUUAGCCAGGAAGACCAACAAACAGAUGUUUGUCAGCUAUAACCUUCAAAACACAGAUAGUAACCUCACAUUACUUGUAAAACACAGGAUCAAGGAAGAAAUGGAGGCUUAUCCAGAAAAGUUCUAGCAGAGUGGCAGAAGUGAGAAUUUGUAACUUACGUACAAUAUACAUUUAAAUAAAUGGACUGAAUUAAAAAAAAAAAAAAAGCAUGUUGCCUCAGAGGGCAGCAAGACAGGAGAAGGGUGAGGAGGCCUCCUACAUUAGCCUAUAAGGACCUGCCAUUGGGGGCACCUGGGUGGCUCAGUCGGUUAGGUGUCCGACUUCAGCUCAGGUCAUUAUCUCAUGGUUCGUGGGUUCAAGCCCUGCAUCGGGCUCUGUGCUGAGAGCUCAGAGCCUGCAGCCUGCUUCAGAUUCUGUCUCCAGCUUGUGCUCUGCCCCUCCCCAGCUUGUGCUCUGCCUCUCUGUCUCUAAAAUAAAUAAACAUUUAAAAAAAUUAAAAAAUAAAAAAGGACCUGCCAUUGGCUGGGCCCGCUCUAGCCUAGGAAGGAAGGAAGGAAGAAAGCACCACCCAAAUGGCAUCUUCCUCUCUCAGAGGUCCCUUCUGAACGGCUAAAGCCAGUCAUGAAUUAUGGAAAUAUAUUUUGGUGCCUUUUAGUAAUCUUCAGGAUACUUUCAUUUAAAGGUUUACUACAAUAAAGACUUGGCAGCCUCUAUUUAAAUGCUGACCAGACAUAGAAGCCCGUUUAUUUUUAAAUUUUUAAUUUACUAAUUUUAAUGAAGACAUCUCCCAGAGCACUGGUGCUGUGGGGUGAUGGGAGGGGGAUUGUGGGGAGAUAGUACCUUGGGCUUGUUUGGGGUG